UUGGUCUCGCUAGUGCGCAAGCAAAACCAGCGGCGCAGCGACCAAAAAGCCCACAGCUUUCUUCUACCUUACCUUCCCCCCUCCUCCUCGCUUCCCUGCGCCACCCAAGAAGCUAGCAACCGCUUCUCCCCGUCCCAUCCCAGCCAUGGCGGCGCUGUCCCGCGCGGCCUCCUCCGCGAUCCGGCGCCACGGCGGUGCCCUGCUGCCGAGGCUGCAGCCGGCGAGGCCGAUGGCGUCGCUGUUCGGCCACGUCGAGCCGGCGCCCAAGGACCCCAUCCUCGGCGUCACCGAGGCCUUCCUCGCUGACCCAUCCCCCGGCAAAGUCAACGUCGGCGUCGGCGCCUACCGGGACGACAACGGCCAGCCCGUCGUGCUCGACUGCGUGCGCGAGGCCGAGCAACGGAUCGCUGGAAACCUUAACAUGGAGUACCUUCCAAUGGGAGGCAGUAUGAAGAUGAUUGAUGAGUCGCUGAAGCUGGCGUACGGGGAGGAUUCUGAGUUCAUCAAAGACAAGAGGAUCGCGGCAGUGCAGGCGCUUUCGGGUACUGGUGCGUGCCGGCUCUUUGCUGAUUUCCAGAAGCGUUUCUUGCCCGAUUCGCAGAUCUACAUACCUACACCAACGUGGUCCAACCAUCACAAUAUUUGGAGGGAUGCUCAAGUGCCACAGAGAACAUUCACAUACUACCAUCCAGAGUCAAGAGGGCUUGAUUUUGAAGGAUUGAUGGAUGACAUCAAGAAUGCUCCAAAUGGUUCUUUCUUUCUGCUCCAUGCAUGUGCUCAUAAUCCUACUGGAGUAGAUCCUACAGAGGAACAAUGGAGAGAGAUAUCCUAUCAGUUCAAGGUGAAAAAACAUUUUCCCUUCUUUGACAUGGCAUACCAAGGAUUUGCCAGCGGUGAUCCAGAGAGAGAUGCCAAGGCAAUCCGAAUCUUCCUUGAAGAUGGACACCAAAUUGGAUGUGCUCAGUCAUACGCAAAGAACAUGGGGCUGUAUGGACAGAGAGCAGGAUGUCUGAGUAUUCUAUGUGAGGAUGAGAUGCAAGCAGUUGCUGUCAAGAGCCAACUGCAACAGAUCGCAAGGCCAAUGUACAGCAACCCACCUAUUCAUGGUGCACUGGUUGUUUCUAUAAUCCUCAAUGAUCCAGAACUAAAGAGUUUAUGGUUAAAAGAGGUCAAGGGUAUGGCUGGUCGUAUCAUUGGAAUGCGGAAGGCACUUAAGGAAAAUCUUGAAAAGCUAGGUUCACCUUUGUCAUGGGAGCAUAUCACCAAUCAGAUUGGAAUGUUCUGCUACAGUGGGAUGACACCUGAACAAGUUGACCGCCUAACAAAUGAAUACCAUAUUUACAUGACCCGCAAUGGGAGAAUAAGCAUGGCUGGUGUAACAACAGGAAAUGUUGCUUACUUGGCAAAUGCUAUUCAUGAGGUUACCAAGCCAAAUUGAGUUUCUUCCUCCUGCCCUCUUCGGCCGAUGAAAUGAGGCUUGCAAGCGGCUUUUUUUUGUUCAUGACAUAUUUGCAAGGUCGUCCGUGAGAAAUAAGUUCAACCUGUUGGGGCUGUCCAAUGGCAAAUUUCACCUGUAUGGAGAACUAUUGAUGGGCAACUUAAAUGUUGAGAGCUAUAUGGUGAUCAUGCCUCUUAUUUUUCCUUUCUUAUGGCACUUGUUACACUAGCGGCAAAUGGCUGUAGCAUGAUUUACACAGUACUGAAGAAAAUAAAUGCGACGAAAUUGAUUA